AGCCAUUCUGCAAAUGAACUGCGAAACGCACAACAGUCGGAAAAGUCGAUUUCACCAAACUACAAUAUCAAACAUUGGCAUGAGUUUUGAAUGCUAAUUAGACAAUAGUGGCGACUAUGGUACGAUCAAUAUGUUGUCGACUUCGAUAUUCACUACUCUAAGUUGAAUGGUAAAUGUCCUGCCAUUGCCGUCUGAUGAGCUACGACGAUAGAAUGGAUAUCCAUCAUUUCUUGUUUGAGAUUCCGAAAGAAAAGCACUUGGAUAGUGUUUCGUGCAUUUAUUGCAAGUGGGAUUGUGGUGUCCGCAAGGUCCAUGCACCAUAUUGGUUUUCAUCACUUCGUAGAAUAAUGGAUCUUUCUCUGCAUGAGGAAUUUCCGCAGAAAUGAUUUCAUCAAUUUGAUCUGGUGUAACCACCAUCCACCAUUCAAAGAAGAAUGUGUGCGUGACUUUAUCUGGUAGCUCGAACCGAUCAAAAGUAAGUAGCACAACUCCAGUGAAUUGUGAAACUCCUUCCACAGUUUUCGAAAAUUUGUACACUCCGACUACGCCUUGGUUACUCAUAUUUUCAAUUAUUUCUUUUUCACUGACAUUGUUUAGGCAGGGUGCAUAGAUUGUACCUUUUACGCUAUUAAGAUUGUCAUGAUAUUGUGCAACAAUUUCGCACACACCAUGUAGCUUUUUAGUUGAAAUGAACCUUUGGGCAAUUUGGUUGUUUUUCACAAGCAGUAGCAGAUUGCCAGCACGUAAUUCCGAAAUCGAAAUAAUUUCUUUACUAAUAGCUUCUAAUGCUUUAUGUACGGCGAAACAAGAAUAAUUAGAGAUAGGUUUCGUUGAAUCGGAAGCACUAAUAAUAAUAAAUUUAGGGUUUUCUUUCCUAGACUGAGGCAAGUCGAGAAAAUUAAGGGGCGUGUAUGAGGGUUUCUUUCUUUUUGGAUGGGAUUCCUUGGCAAGCAAAGCGAACCUGUUAUUCCCGAGGUUGGGUGGCCCGGGGGCCAUGAUUAUUAUAUCUACACACUCGAUUCACUUGUUUAGAAAACACUUGUAGGAAAAACGAUAUGCGGUAUAAUAAUAAAACAAAGAUUUACUAAGUAAACACGUGCACGUAAGACGGAUGUGUACUGUGCGAAAUACGCAAAAGAUAAGCCGAAACACGUCUACACAGAGCGAGCUUUAGUCGACGACUCCAUCAUCAAUUACACCUGCCGAAUUUAUUUAGAUAUAUUUAAACAUUUCAUUGUAUUUUAAAUAUAUCAACCAUUAAAGCAAAUUGUUAACAAAAUCACCCAGACAUUUUUAUUUUGCAUUUUUGAUCGUGGGUGUGAAAGAGUUGGAAUACCCUAACAAACUGAGAGGUUUAUUCACUUUGUGAGCCAAUAAAAUGUCGGCGCCUAAAAAUUUAUUACGAAAAGUGUGCAUAUACGAAUGCCAAAAACAGAACAAAUUUGAAAAGCAAAAAAGUGCUAAGCUCUGGUGAACCACAAAUAGCCUUAAAAAUAUAUUGUGUAUAUAACGGAGUAAUGGUUUUAAAAACAGUCUGAAAUAAAUAGUGACAUAGUAAUUGUGUUGCAUUAAAAGCAGUGUUACGUCUUUCAUAACAUCCUAAAAUCGCGAAAAUUUUUUAAAAAUCUUUUAUAAGACGAUAAUUUUUUUUAUUAAAUUGUGGCUUUUCCAGAAGUCGUGAAGAAAUCAUUUGACUACACUCUAUUCGAUAGUUAUUAACCUUGCAACUGAGUUUCUAUGCUUUAAAAAGAAUUAGUGCGAUAGGCUGACAGAAGUGUUAUACGGUAGAAGGUUAAUCAUUUUGUACUUUCACGUAUUAGUGCAGGAUAACAUAUUGGACACGGCUUCCAUUUAGGGCCAAAGGAAACAAAGAAACUCACACAAAACCUGUGAAAAAAUAGUGCACUUGCGUACGUUAAAGCUAACCAUUUCUCCACAUACAAGUCAACUUACAAACAGACACAAACAUGGAACUACAUUCUCACGCUUCCGAAUGUCAUGAUUUAUCAUCAUGAGGACAUACAUGAUGGCCGCAAACCGUGGAGAAUGGGCGAAUAUGAUGAUGCCUGCUUCGAGGCGUCGCAAAGAAAAUGAAUCACCGAAAUAUGGUUACAACCUCGGCCGCUCAAUGCCCUAUCGUUCGACCGCUCGCCAUAAUGUGCUACUACCACAGCACUCAUCAGCAAGCUCUACUUUACCGUCCGGUUCUUAUACGUCCUAUGGGCAUACAUCGACAACAACAACACCAUACUAUGAAUCACACCGUCUCAGCAGCAGCCAGGCCGCGAAUUUGCCAAGCGCAAGCACCAGCGCCGCUUCCACAGCCAGUCCGCCGCAAUUUCACACAAACGCUGCCGCAACGGCGUUGCAUAGACUGCCGCCACACUACAGCAGCCACCAUCACGUUGCCCAUGCGACUCUCACCUUAUACGCCGCUCACCAAUGCCGUGGACAAGCACACUCACAUAUUCGUGUAUAAGGGGCGAAAACGAAAACGGCUCGUAAGCGCCUAAUUGCGAACCAUGUUGGCGAAAUUAGGGCUGAUCUAAAUUUUUGGUAGAUCUAUAUAUUCAGUUCGUAUAAAUAUUAUAAGUAUGUACAUAUAUACAUAGGACACUUCACCAAUAAUAAUAAUAACCCUUUCAAUAACAACGAAUAUUUUUAACGCAGCAUCGUGAGGAUCCAAUAUUAUUCGAUUAAGCCAAAUAUUACUGAACAAAUAAUAAUAAAUCUUGUAAAGAAAUCAUAG